AUGGCUGGCGUGGGCCCCUUCCCGCUGUUGGUGGAGGGGUCCUGGGGUCCCCAUCCCCCCAAGAACUUAACUGUCAAGCUGCAGAAGUACUUCCAGAGCCCGAAGAGAUCCGGAGGGGGAGAGUGUGAGGUCCGCCAGGAGCCCGGGAACCCACAGCGUUUCUUGGUGCUCUUCUUCCCAGAUGAUGUUCGUCAGAAGGUUCUGGAGAAACAGAAUCAUGAGUUGGAAUUGCCAGGAACAGGAACAUUCAAGCUCACUGUCCAGUUGCCCACUGCCCCGGAUGAAGGCCCUGUCUUUAAGAAGGAAAUUCCAACAAAGGAAUCCCGGGUAAAUGAAGAUGUUAAAGAUGUGUCAGAAGAGCUGGACACAAAACUUUCUCUCUGUAGUACACCAGAAAAACAGGAAGAUAUCCCAAGAGAAUGUGAAAACAUUUCCUGUGUGGUGGCACUUGAAAAUCUUAAGGCAAAUGUGACUGACACAACAUUGACCUUACUAGUGGAGAACAUAAGUGGCCUCUCCAGUGAUGACUUUCAGAUGGAAGUUAUCCGAGACUUUGAUGUUGCCGUGGUUACUUUUCCACAGCAUAAAGAUGCCAUCAAAUUUGUUGAUGAUUGUGCCAGGCACCAUUCAAUUAAAAGACUUCAGGUUUCUCCAAGACUUCUGGAAAUGACAAAAACAGUCAAGGUUGAAAACCUGCCCCCUGGUGUUGAUGACUACCAGUUGCAACUUUUCUUUGAAAAUCCUUUUAAUGGAGGAGGAAGAGUUGCCAGUGUUGAGUGUUUUCCAGAUGAGAGUUCUGCUCUGGUUGAAUUCUGUGACAGAAAAGUGUUAGAAACCAUCAUGGCCAAGAAGCAUAACUUCAAUAAGAUGCCAAUAUCAGUCUUCCCCUACUAUAUCUCUUUGGGCACCGCCUUGUAUGGUAAGGAGAAGCUCCCAGCACCAUUCAAAGAGUCAUUGGAUCCACUCUUAUGCAAGUUUUUUCAGAAAGAAGGGCAUCUGAUUGAGGAGAUAAACAAUGAAAUGAGGCAUUGUCACUGUGAGCUAACAUGGUCCCAACUCAACAGUACAGUUACUGUCAGACCUGCAGCCACGCUGGGCAGCCAAACAAGAUCAAAAAUCAAGACCUGGCAGAAAGAUGCAUCCACAGCACUAGCUGGCAUCAGGUCUAAAUAUGAAGUUAUCUCACUCCAAGUGGAGCCAGGAGUGUGGGACACCAUCAAACAAGAUAUAGAAGAUGAUAGGAUUUUGAUUGAGUUUGAUACAACUGAGGAGAUGAUGAUUUUAGCAGGAAAAUCAGAAGAUGUGCAAAACAUUACCUUGAAAACCAAGGAAUUAAUAGAAAACACCAUGCAAAAAAUUAGAAAGGAACAGGAGAGUCUGGAGGAAAAAGUGGCCAUUUCUCCAGGAAAGUAUUUUCUUUUGUGCCAUAGUGGUUUCCUGAACCAUCUAGGAACAGAGUGCCCAGAGAUGGAACUCUCUUACAAUGAAUCCACUCACUACCUGUGUGUUAAAGGACCCCGUGCAGAUGUGUAUAAAUUAAAGAGUGAAGUCCUGGCAGUGAUGUUUUCCAUGGUUCGGAAAACACUUCAGAUUUCUUCUGAGGUCUCCAACUUUUUGCAACAGGUAGACUGUAAAGAAUUGUCUCAGUUUCUCUUUAUAAAACAGAAAGUUCUUGCAGUCUAUGAUCUAUAUGAUAUAACUGUUGACUUGACCAGCUGUUCUGCUAAAGAUCAGGCACAAGCUGAAGAACAAAUGCUCAGUGGCUUAAAUUAUAAACGCAUUGAAGUUGAAGACAAGGAAAUUCUUAAUAGCAACAAAUGGAAAAAGAAAGUUAAUGAUUUGCAAAAGAAACACAAUUCCCACACAAAGGUGGUGGCAAUCACUGAAUUAACUUCAGGAUCUCCAGCUGAGGUGAUCAUUGCAGGUUGUGUGAAAGAAGUCAAUGAAAUCUAUACCUUGCUUUUUUACUUCUUGGAAAAACAUAUGAGAAUAGAGAGAUUCAUUGAGGUCAAGCCAUCCUUGCUUCUAGACUACUUCAGGGCAAACAAGAAGGAAUUCUGGCCAAAGAAGACAGGUGUGCAGGUAAUUUUCAAGCCUGAAAACAGAAAGAAUGGCAUUUUACUGAUUGGUACCAAGAGUAAAGUACUAGAAGGAACAGACAUCGUUGCAAAAGUUCAGAAUUUAAUCUGUGUUAAAACCUUUAACAUUGAUAAGCCAGGAGCCAGGCAAUUCUUCCAGGAUAAAGUGUUGUUUUACAGAAGUGAGGUCAGACGGUUGUAUAGCUGUAGCAUUGAACUCCAAGAGGACAAAGAAAAACAGGAGGAGGUAGGCAGUGAAAAUGUACAGAAGUGCUUCUUUAAGAAGAGGGUGGCUCCUGGUGUCAUGCUGAUUGUGAAGCAGGGUGACUUGACUCAGUUUCCAGUGGAUGUGGUGGUGAAUGCUGCAAAUGAGACCCUCAAGCAUAUUGGUGGGCUUGCUGCUGCUCUCUUAAAAGCAGCUGGCCCUGAGCUUCAAGCAGACUGUGACGAGAUAGUGAAGAAAAGGGGCAAGAUCCUACCUGGCAAUGCGACCAUCUCCAAAGCAGGAAGGCUCCCUUGCCAGCGUGUGAUCCAUGCAGUAGGGCCUCAGGGGAAUGGCCAUGAUGUGCCAAGGUGUGUAUUCCUGUUAAAGCGAGCUGUGGAAACCAGUCUUAGUUUAGCUGAGCAAUACAAGUACCAAUCCAUAGCCAUUCCAGCUAUCAGUUCUGGAAUCUUCAGCUUUCUCUUAUACCAGAGUGUAUGGAGCAUUGUUUCAGCCAUCAAAGACUACUACCAAUAUAAGCAGGAAGGUAGCUCCUUGAAAGAGAUUUACCUUGUGGACCCAUCUGAGAAGACUGCUGAGACCUUUGUUGAAGCUAUAAAAAAUGUAUUUGAAGACACCCAACCCAGUACAGCUUCCCCGGCCAGGACCGAGUCCCCGACUGACUUCCUGCCUACAACAGAAGUCUUGCCUGACAGUGCCUCCCACCUCCGUUUUACAGUGGCACACCCACCUGUACCAAAGAAACCUCCAUGUCUAGUAGCCCCAGGAGGCCUGAAGAUGCUGUUGGUAAAAAGAUGUGUGCAGGAGGCUGAGACCCAUGUCAUUGUCAACUCCAUUUCCCCGGAUCUUGUACUCGAUAGAGGACCUCUCUCUCAAGCAUUCUUGGAAAAGGCUGGGUCAAAGCUCCAGGAGGAGUUGAAGGCUGCUGGACAAGGAGUCACUGUCAGUGUGGGCACCAUUCUCCAAACCAGUGGUUGUAAUCUGGACUGUCACCAUGUGCUUCACGUGGUGGCUCCCACGUGGAAAAUUAACAACAUGGACUCAAUACUGGUCAUGAGAGACAUAAUCAGAAACUGUUUGGAGAUAACUGAGAAGUUGUCUUUACAAUCCAUUGGAUUUCCAGCAAUAGGAACAGGAAAUUUGGGAUUUCCUAAAACUGUAUUUCCUGAUUUAAUAAUUUCUGAAGUGUGGAAAUUUAGUAGCAAUAAUCAACUGAAAGCUUUACAGGAGGUUCAAUUUCUGCUGCACCCCACAGAUCAUGAAAAUAUUCAGGAAUUUUCUGAUGAAUUUUCCAGAAGGAACAAUGGAAUUUCUAGUGACAGAGUUCCAAUGGCUAAAAAUACACAAGAUUUGUAUGGAGCUGUUUCCAGCCCUAAUGCAGAAAUGUAUGAAAUGAAGAUUGGCCCCAUCCUCUUCCAGGUGGCCUCUGGUGACAUCACCAAAGAAGAGGUAGAUGUGAUAGUAAAUUCAACCUCAAAUACGUUUGACCAUAAAAAAGGGGUCUCCAAAGCCAUUUUAGAAGGUGCAGGAAAAAGUGUGGAAAUGGAAUGCUCUCGCCUAGGUCAACAGGGCAAGCAUGAGUAUAUAAUUACUGAAGGUGGAUCAUUGAGGUGCAAGAAUAUUAUCCAUGUUGAUGGUGCAAAUAAUGUCAAGAGAUCGGUUUCCUGUGUGUUGCAGGAGUGUGAAAAACGGAAUUAUUCAUCCGUUUGCCUCCCAGCCAUUGGGACAGGAAAUGCCAACCAACACCCAGAUAAGGUUGCUGAGGCCAUAAUGGAUGCUGUUGAAGCAUUUAUCCAGAAAGGAUUGGUCCAGUCCAUGAAAAAAGUUAAAGUUGCUGUCAUUAUGCCCCAAAUACUGAAUGUGUUUUAUGCCAACAUGAAAAAAAGAGAAGGAUCUCAGGCUUCUCCUCAGCCAUCUUUGAUGUCAAGAAUUGUCUCAUUUUUAGGCUUUUCUAGGCCAGCUCCCAAAACACAGCAUCCCUUGGUUUUGGAAAAGAAAACAGAAGUGACAACUUUCCGAGUAUGUGGUAAAGAUGCAAGCUCUGUGGACAACACUAUCUCCUGGAUGAAGAAGCUGAUUGAAGAAGAGCAAUGUCUCCACACCAGUGAAGAUGAGUGUAUCAAAGACUUUGGUGUAAAGGAAGUUCAGAAACUGAAUGGGCUGCAGAGAAAUUUAAAUAUCAACAUUUCUCUGGACCAGACGAGACCUCUGAUCAAGAUUUUGGGACUUAGCAGAGAUGUGAUGAAGGCUAGAGAUGAAAUUGAGGAAAUGAUCAAGAGCUUUAGAUUGGCCAAAGAAAAGGAAAGCCAUGCAGAGUCUAUCAGUGAAUUUAUACAAUGGCAAUAUGAGGACAAUAGCACUUUUCAUAAUUUUGACAAGAUAACAAAUCUGCAAUUGGAGCAUGCAAGGAUUGCAAAAGAUAAGAAUAUUGUUGUCAAAAUUAGUAAUCAGAACUACACAGUGAACUUGAGCACAGGCACUUGCACAGGUCCAAAUGGACAGAGCUUAAUGGUUCAGCGCCUCACAAAAACUGAAGCUGAAAUGCCUAUUCACUGGAGCAACAUGAAGCAGCAGCAUUUGUGUGUGGUCCAGCUGAAACCUGGUGAUCCAGAAUACAACACUGUGGCAAACAAGUUUAAUGAGAGCUGCUCAAACUUUGUCAUAGAGAAGAUUGUAAGGAUCCAGAAUCCAGAUCUCUGGAGUAGCUACCAAGCAAAGAAAAGAGCCAUGGAUGACAAGAAUGGCCACAAACAGAAUGAGAGGCAGCUCUUCCAUGGGACAGAAGCUGGCUCUGUGCCACAUGUCAAUACAAAUGGCUUUAACCGCAGCUAUGCUGGGAAGAAUGCUGUGAGCUACGGAAAGGGAACCUAUUUUGCUGUCCAUGCCAAUUAUUCUGCCGAUGACAGGUACUCCAAACCAGAUGAAAAUGGGAAAAAGCACAUGUAUUUUGCACGUGUACUCACUGGAGACUAUACAGUUGGAUCUCAGACAAGCAUUGUGCCUCCGCCCAAGGACCCUCAUGCUCCUACUGAACUUUAUGACACUGUUGUAGAUAAUGUUCACAAUCCAAGUUUAUAUGUGGUAUUUUAUGACUACCAAGCAUACCCAGAAUACCUUAUUACUUUCAGACGAUAACAUUUUUCUUCCUUCCCAAAAAAUACUGUUCACAGUCACCUAUCUGGUUAUAAGACAAAGUUCAGUUGUUCUGUUUUUCUCUAACAUCAAAUCAUUUUAAGUGAAGUAAGCUGGUCCUUUAAAGACAAAUGCCACUUUUUUUCUCACUUGUGAAAGCUAAGGGAAAAUGAAACAAAAUACAAAGAAGGUCAUGAUAAUAGGGAGAAGGGAAAGAGAUGGGAGGGGAGGGGAGAAGGAAUACAUGAUGAGGAAGGGGAACAAGAAACAGCCACAGAGGAGGUGGAAUAUAAUCAAACAACACUCUAUGUGUGUAUGGAAAUAGCAGUAAGAAAACCUCUGCUUUGUACAAUUUAAUUCAUGCCAAUUUUUUAAAAAGGAAAAUCAUUAUUGCCUGGUACAUAAUGAGAUCAUUAAUACUAAAAUUUAUUUUUGUUCAUGACUUCCAAUCACUGACAGACUAUAGACUUUAAGAAAGAAGUUUAUAUGUAAGAUGAAGAUAGAAUUUAUUUUAAUUUAGGGAGAUCACCAACUUACAGAACCAGAAUCUCUUCCACAAAGCAAAGCUUUUUAGGAUGUACUUUUUGAUUGAUGAGAGGUAGAAUAUCAGCCAGCCUUGAUUCCUGGUUCUUCUACUUCACAACCACAGAUAAUAUUUGUGUAAUAAUUCAUAUCUGUACUUUAGGGUUGAUCUUGAUCAAUCAUAUUGAUUGAUAUAUUAUCUUCAUGUUAACUUGGAAUCACAAGGAGGAAGGACAGUUCGAGGAAGGUGCUCAUGGUUGAGCUGAGAAAGACACAGAUUGAACAAACAUCACCUGUUCCUAAUCAGUGACCUGCCCUCAUCCCAUAGAGUUAAAAGGUAACACCCAUGUAUACCACAGAUUGUCUUCUCCAGGGCUUGGCUUGCAACAUGAAAUGCAAUGUGCAGGAUGUUAAGUUGAAACCUAUGGAAGGGAGAGAGAGGAAGCAGAAUUGGUCAAAGAGGUCAAGCUGUAAUGCAGGCCUCACAACAGCCUCAGAGAAAUGCCAUGGGUUGCUCAGCUCACAGGAUUAAAAACCUGUAGGAACUGUAUUAUACUAGUAAGGAUAGGUUAAGCCUCUAUGCUUCCCUUCCAUUGGCUGGGGCUGUCCUACGAAAGGUAUGGCCUGGGCAAGAUGGCUGUGAGCAAGUCUGAACAGGUUGAGCAAAUCGCACUUCCAACAGUUAAGUCAAGACACCCUUCCAUAAAGGGGACUCUGCAUGGUACAAAGAGAGAUUUAUACUAGACAACAGAAGUUUGCAGACAAACUGAAAGGGAAGAUGUUGAUGAAGUAGACAAAGUUAAGUUCAAUCCUAAAGUGCAAACAUUAAUUGAACAAAUAUUCACUGUUGUACAAAUAUUGGCUAUUCGGUGGAAGAGUAACCAAGAACAUGGACACGCUUUGUUGAAGGCUACUCCCACACAAAGCUCCUCUUCCCUGGAUGGCGGGGUACUAGCUUUCUAAGGAGGAAAAAAAACUUUCAGAGGGAAGAUGCAAAAGAAAGUAGAAUUGAGAGAGGAUGAGUACGCUGUGGUGGGAGUGGGCUCAAGUGAAUAAUGCAAAAGAAAAACCCAGAAGACAAAGUGCUAUAGAGACUGAAACUCAAUGCUUUCCUUCAGAACCUUCUGUGGAUUUUAAUACUUGCUAUCAGAUCCCCUGGAAGCUCCUAUCCAAGCACUCAGCAAUAAUUAACGUGUAAUAAUGAAUAAUGUCUUUGUAAGGCAUCCAGAAAUGGACACUGACAACUUACCUAAAUAAAGAUUUUCUUUUGAAAGAUGAA